AUGUCGGUUAAGGAGGAGGAUGGUGGAGGUGACCCUGGGGGGCGAAAAUCGUUGGGGGACGAUGCGAAGACGGAGGAAAUCACGGGUGAUGCCUCUGAGCAAGCUGUUCCAGCCAAGACGAAUGAUGCAAGUGAGGCGAUGAACAAAGAUGCGGUGACAGAAGGAGCAAACGGAGGGCAAGAAAGGGAGGAUGGUGUUGAAGCAAGGGGUGGGGAAAUCGACAACAGUGGAUCGGAUUCGAAAGCAGUGGGGCUUGUAAACCAUGGGGGAGGAGAUGAAGAUGAGUUGCAGAAGCAAGCUCAGGAAUCUGAACAAGAGAAAGAGGACGGAGCUGAUCAGAGCAGACAGGCAGGUGACGUUCAAGGUGAAGGUGCCCAUGCAGAGCCUGAACAGCGUCAAGCUAAACAUGGAGCAAGCAAGCAAGAGGAAGAGAUGAAAGGUGGAGCCAGGCAAACAGGUCAAGAAGAGAAAGCUGCAAAAGCCUUUGAGCAAGAGGGAAGCGGAUCCAAGCAAUCGCUGGAUCGAAACCUUGAGGACCAUUCUGCAGUAGAAAACCACUCGAAAGCCGAAGACAUCAAUAGUAGUGGCAACCAGGAGAAACAAGCAAAGGAAGCAAUACUGGAGCAGACAGCCAAAGAUGGGCAACCAGAGCAACAAUUUGAGUCUAGAAUUGCUAUUCAAGCAGGAGGGGAGACAGAAAUGAAUGGAGAGGUGGGAGGGAAACAGAAAGAAGUGAAUGGAGAAGUCGGGAAACCAACCGAGGCAGCCGGACUGGAUGGCAGGAGAGGAGAGAAGGGCGAGGACGAAAGUGGAAUGCAACCAGGGGGAGGGGAAGAGGAGCAGGAUAAUGGAGACAAAGGCAACGUCGGGACAGCAGCCGUUACUGGGGUUGAGGGUUCGAAGUCUGGGGAACUGGUAGAGAAGCAGGAGGGGGAGGCAGCCGCUGCUGGGGCAGCCGGAACAGAAGCGCUGUCUGCCGCUGCUGCUGCUGCUUCUGCGACUGGGCCGGAGAAGCAGGAGGAGGUAAAAGCCACAGAGGAAGCAGGCAAGGCGGAGCAGACAGCAGCCGGUACUGGGUCAGGAAAUGCAGGGUCGAAGUCCGAGGGAGGGGCAGAUAAGCAGGAGGGGGAGGCGGCCGCUACUGGUACGGGAAGGAAGGAGGUGGGAGAUGUGGCAAGAAGUCAGCAUUCUCUGCCUGUAGGAGAGACAGUCAUGCAUGGAGGGGGGGAGGCGGCCGCUACUGGGGCAGCCGGAACAGAAGCGCUGUCCGCAGCAGCAGCAGCAGCAGCAGCAGAAGUAGGGAAGCAGGAGGAGGUAAAAGCCCCAGAGGAAGCAGGCAAGGCGGAGCAGACAGCAGCCGUUACUGGGGUUGAGGGUUCGAAGUCUGGGGAACUGGUAGAGAAGCAGGAGGGGGAGGCAGCCGCUGCUGGGGCAGCCGGAACGGAAGCGCUGUCUGCCGCUGCUGCUGCUGCUGCUUCUGCGACUGGGCCGGAGAAGCAGGAGGAGGUAAAAGCCCCAGAGGAAGCAGGCAAGGCGGAGCAGACAGCAGCCGGUACUGGGUCAGGGAACCAUGAAGAGGCAGUUGGGGCAGGGAAUGCAGGGUCGAAGUCCGAGGGAGGGGCAGAUAAGCAGGAGGGGGAGGCGGCCGCUACUGGUACGGGAAGGAAGGAGGAGGACAAAGAUGAGAUUGUGGGAAAGGCAGAGAAGCCUGACGGUGUGGCUGGAGUCGAGCAAGAAAAGCAGGAGGAGGCAGCUGUUGUGGGUGAGCAGGUCGGGGGAGAGAAAGAUGGAGCAGCCACGGGGAUGAAAGCGGCGGGAGAAGGGAAGGAGGAAGAGGCAGCUGCUGCAGGGAUUGUGAAGGAGGACAUCUCCUCGGGCGCGGUCGAUGAGACAGGAGGAGGGAACGAGCAGGUUGGAGGUGAUGUGGUAGCAGGAGGGAAGGGAGGGGAGCUUGUCUCAGGGGUUGACAAGGGAGGGGUUGAGGAAAGAGCGGAAGAUCUGAGCGAGAGCCUCCGACAGGGCUGGAUGUCUUCCAUAGACUCGCUGGAUGAGUUUCAUAUCCAGGGAUCGUUGCAGAUGUUGCUGCUGCAAAAGCUCGGUUCCAUCCUCCUCCUCCUGGUUGCCUUCGAUCAACAUCUGCAGCUGUCUUCCAUCAGCGUGCAAGACCUGUCCCACCUCAUCUCGCUGCUGGGGCUGCAGAAGGAGGAGGAGGAGGUGGAGCGGCUGUUCGAUGAUCUCAAGAGGGAGGAGGAAGGGGCAACGGAGGGGGCCGCUGGUCUCCCUCCUCUUGACCUGCGCGACCUCACCGUCCUCCUCUCCAGCCCGAUCCUCAAGCUCCAGUUGGCCGCUGCGAAGAGGAUCUACGAGCUGAUAGGAGGGCUGGCGCAUCACGAUCUCAGCAUGCAGGAGAAGGCCGGGAAGCAAGCGAGGCUUAUCCAGUACAUUUCUCGCCUUUGCUUCAGCUCGGAGCAGUCAGAAGCAUGCUACAUCAGCCUCCUCGUCCUCGCUGAGCUGACGCAUGCCAACCCGGCCAACUCUACGAGGCUUCUUGCAGUGCCGGGGCUGAUGAGGAGAAUCGUCCGCCUGCUCGACCCCAACCGCAGGGUCGGAGACCUCACCAUCCCCCGGACAGCUGCGAGAAUCCUGUCAAACCUCCUCACGCAGUCGGGAGACAAGAAGACUUCCUCCUCUUCUUCCUCUCUCUCUUCCGACGCCUGGUCGGUGGUCCAAAGCAUCGACCCUUCGGCUGUCCAUCGCGCUCUUGUCAUCCUGUCUUCUCCCUCGUCCAGGUCGCAGCCGCCCAAGAGCAGCUUGCAGGGGGGACAGAAGAUCGGAAGGGGUGCUGACUCAUCCUUCUCGUGGGAGGGAAGCAACUUGCAGCGAGACAGUCUGCCUCUCAAAUCAACGGCAGGCUCGAGGGCGCGAUGGCUGAGGCAGGAGAAGGUCUCAGCAAGGGCUGAGUUGGUCCGGUCGCCUAGACGCCAGGCACCUUUCCUCGGCAGCGGUCAGCGCAUGCGAGCUCAUACCUCAAGGAGAUGA